AUGACCUCCAUUGACGAGCUGGACGAGUAUGUCAACUGGGACAACGCUGGGGCAGCUGCCUAUCCCCCUGUACCUAACAUGUCGUCUACUGGAAACCCUGCCGACGACGACAUUGGUCUCGUCCUUGAAAACGUCAACGAGGAUGACUUCAGUUUCUGCGCUCUGCAGCACUUUGAGCACAACAGCUUUGCACAGGUGCCAGGAGUCACCGAGUCUACCCCUUUGGACGUGACCGAAGCCUUGCUUUGGGAGACACCAGAGAACCCCUGUGCCCACUGUGUCUUGGGCGGAUACGCAUGCAAAAAAAUCCGAGAGGGUAUUCACAAGGGCUACUGCACCAGUUGCGUCGCUCUUGGGCUCGAAUGCAGCUUUGGAGGCGUCAUCCCCGAGAGUCUGAACCCCGAGUCCACCAGGCUUUCCUGGUCUUCCACCGAGAUGCCCAACAACGCCAUCACUCAGGAAGACCUGAUCAACAUCCAGCCAGCGGGAACUCCGCCCAAGAUUGGAGCAAGAUUCUCACGGGAGUCGGUCCGCAUUCUCAAAAACUGGCUGUCAACCCAUAACAGACAUCCUUAUCCAAGCGACGAGGAGAAAGAAAUGCUUCAACGCCAAACUGGCCUCAACAAAACUCAAAUCACUAAUUGGUUGGCGAAUGCGCGGCGACGUGGCAAGGCUCAGCCCCCUCGGUCCACCUCCCCCCACGUUGGUAACCUGUCUGCUUCCAUCGAUAUCCCGCGGAGACGAGCAACGCCGGCUCUCGAAGCCAUGAACCCCCUUCAGCGUUGGGAGCACUCUCCUCCUGAACAUGAACCGGCUUCCGUGACAGCCAUUGCUAGGGCUGUGACAGCGUCGUCGUCGUCUGGGAUAUCCUCUGGACUCAACAGUCCUUACAGUUUCAACUACACAGAUGAUGGCUCCAACAGGUCACUCUGUAACCAGUCCUCUGCUAGCAGUGUGGGAACAUCUCACUCAAGCGGUGGCUCCCUUGGAUCUGCCUUCUCUCAUGGCUCUCGCAACUCUUGGGGCUCGUUCGGCUCUGCUCCUUUCGCUUCCAAAGCAAGACGGCGAAGGAGGCGAAGGGCAGCGCCCGGCAAUGAGGGAGGUUCGACCAGCCUCUCUGUUCCUCUGAAAACUUUCCAGUGUACCUUUUGUACAGAGACUUUCAGAACCAAGCAUGACUGGCAGCGCCACGAGAAAUCGCUUCAUCUGUCGCUGGAGAGAUGGGUGUGUGCACCAGACGGUCCUCGGGCUGUCAACCCGGACAACGGGCUACUAAGCUGCGUCUUUUGUGGCGAAGUUAACCCCGACGAUGCCCAUGUAGAAACUCACAACCACUCGUCAUGUCAAGAGAGAUCGCUAGAAGAGCGAACCUUUUACCGAAAAGAUCACCUGAACCAGCAUCUUCGACUGGUCCACAAUGUCAAAUUCAUGGAAUGGGCAAUGAAGCCUUGGAGAGUAGCAACUCCCGAGAUUCGGUCGAGGUGUGGUUUCUGCGGCAUUGUGAUGGAUACUUGGACAAUCCGAGUUGACCAUCUUGCGGAGCAUUUCAAGACUGGUUAUUCCAUGGCGGACUGGAAGGGUGACUGGGGUUUUGAAGUACCUGUGCUAGACAUGGUCGAGAACUCGAUUCCUCCCUAUUUGAUUCAUCAUGAGCGAAAAUCCCCCCUGCCGUAUAAUGCCAGCCAAUCGCCGCCGGAAUCGCCCCGGAAUGCCUACGAGUUGAUUAAGCUGGAGCUGGCCUACUUUGGCAGCAACUUUUGGGAUACGCACGGCCGCGCACCGACCGAAGACGACUUGACGCUCGAAGGAUGUCGUAUCAUUUUCGCUUCCGAGUUGCUGUCUUUACAAGGCAUUGCGACACAAGCCUCGUGGCUUCGUGAUAUUGUCAUGAACCAGGCGGCAAUUGUUAAACAGGCUAGGUUUGGUCCUCUCCGUGGUGCGGCAGAAAACAGGCUUCAGACCCUGAAAAUUAAUGGCAAGGAUAACUUGUUCGAGGAAUGCCCCAUGGAGAGGCAGCUUCACGAAUAUGUCAAGGCCAAACAACUACUGGGACUAACACCCAUGGACGACGAGCUUCAAGAAGAAGCACGCAAGAUUGUGGGAAGAAUUGAAGAAGUGUGCACUCACCCUUCUGAAGCAGUAGCCAACUGGCUUUUGCGACUAAUCACAGCAUCGACAAAAUGGCUCGAGGGAUUCCGUCGACGUGCGCAUCUGCCUCGAAGCGAAGACGUCCAACACAAGUUUAUCCGGUCGACAGAUCCGAACUCGAUCGACUCCACAAUUCACAACUAUUCAAGGCUGGAAACAGAAUUGGCUGCAUUCCUCAGAGCAGAGCGCACAAUGGGCAGAGAGCCCACCGAUCAUGAGUUGCAGCGGCAGGCUCGUAUGAUAGUUUAUGAAUUCGAUGAUGGAUGGAACCAGACUGUGGCGGAUAACCAUGAGUGGCUCGCAGCUUUCAAAGCACGGAAUCACCCUGAUAAGACUCCUGGCUCAGUUUCAUCCAGCUCACCAAAGGCUCACCGGGUGAUGACCAGCAAACCAACCGAGAAAGCACAAAUCUCUCUUUCUACUACUGCGCCAAACCCCUUUUCUGAGUUUCAGGCUCGGCUUGACGAGAAUGGCAAUCACUUCAGGUCAUUCCAAUAUUUCCUCAACGAUGCCAACUGCUACCGAAGGCUAGAGAAGGAGCUCAGGAGGUGGGUCGUAUCUACCAUGUCGCCAAACAAUCCGAACCGGCAUGUGCCCUCGGAUGAGGAGUUGCAAUACCAAGCUCGGUGGAUCUUAUAUGACGAUGAUGAUCCGUGGAACUAUACCGCAGCCGACAACGCAGAAUGGCUUCAUCGUUUCAAGCGAGACACAGGCAUAAUUCAGGACUCUGGUCCCGGUCUGCCACCAGGCUACGCAUGGGCGCUGGAGCAAGGCGGAACAGGCUUUGCGCCGCCAUAUGCCAUUCUUGGAGAUCACGACCCUGUUAACAAUGACGUCGAGGUAGCGAUGCGAACCGGGGCCAAGGCCUUCACGGCGGGACACUCGGCCGUCAAUAGCUACCUGGAAGAGCUGACAUCGUCUCCGAAUCGCAAACCAGCUGUUAUUUUCUGUUCUCGUGAACUGGAGUGGGGUUUGCAGCAAUAUUCAAAGGCAAACUUCAUCGACACAGGCUUUUUGCCGUCGGACAUGGCGUUGAAAGCCAAGGCACGAGAGAUUCUCAAGACUGAAACAACCGCCGCAGAUGACCCUGUCCUUUUAGAUAAAUUCAAGACGUGGUUAAUCACCAGGCUG